UUAUAAUUUAAUCUUUUCAAUUAUUUACAUUACUUGACAUGAGUUCAACUGUAGGCCGUAAUAGUAUUCGUUUACCACCAGAAGUAAAUAGAGUCUUAUUUGUCAGAAAUUUACCGUUUAAAAUUACAGCAGAAGAAAUGUAUGAAGUAUUUGGUAAAUAUGGCCCCAUUAGACAAAUUAGAGUUGGCAAUGCACCCGAUACUCGUGGCACAGCAUUUGUUGUAUAUGAAGACAUUUUUGAUGCUAAGAAUGCUUGUGAACAUUUGCAAGGCUUUAACAUUCUUGGUCGUUAUUUGAUUGUGCUUUAUUAUCAACAAAAUAAGAUUACUAAAAAGAUGAAUUUACAAAAGAAGGAAGAAGAAAUCAGAGAAAUGAAAGCUCGAUAUGGUGUUGAUUAAGAAGUCUUGCUUUAUAGUUAUAAUAUACAUAUAUAUAUAUAUACAAUUUACAUUUAUAUAUCAAUCGCAUAAUCAACACGUUGAACUAUGAAUUAUUUUAUAUGGAGAAUACUAUAUUGUUAUUUUAACACUUUGUAUAUAAAAGAGAGAUGGUAUUUUUAUUUUUUUUUUAAAUUAAAAACGGGCCGUUUUUAAAUGUAACGAAUAAAAAAAUCUGUUAUGU